AUGGAUGGAUAAAAAUGCUAAAUGUUUAUUGACGUUAGCUUAGCUAGCACUCAUAGCAUUUUGUUAUUGGCCGCGUUGGCGUUGGUGUCGCAUUGCAGUUAUUGUACUGACGGCCAACGUCACGUCUUUUUGGUUUACUAUGGUGUAAUGUAGACAAUAAAAUCGGAUUUGCUGGGUUCGCCUGUUUUCUAUUUAAAUUGCAGGGUAACGAUCUUACAUUUAUAGCAGUUGCUAAGUAAUUCUGUCUUGGAAAUGUAAUUAGCACCAGUAACUGUCGCGCGAACCCGUUAAAUAACCCAGCAACAACAAUGUUGCCAUAGUUAUGUAGUGCCGCAAAACUGAUAGGAGUUUAGUAUGUCGAACAUAUGUUUCCAAUAUCGAUUAGAUAUAUUGUUAGUUACAGUUUAUGCAAGAUAUUGGUUUGUUGUGUUGCGUAAUUCCGCUUCCGUUUUGUAGUAGAUUACGUUUUUUUAGAGGAGGAGCCAGUGACCCAAUAAAAAGUACUAUUACUGCGCGGGAAAAAUACAAAUUGCCGCCAAGACAGUGGAGCAGAUGUUUGCAGGAGGCUUGUAGUUUAGUUUCUUUUUUGCAACCAAAAGGUUUUAAAAUUUGUUUAACUUAUUUAGUUUUACUAUCGGGUUUUAAUUGUGCACACAUUACCAACAUGCCUGCCCUAGAAGUUGCAGAUGCUUGUGGAAUUUCUCCAUCCAAGAAGGCAAGGACAGAAACAAAGCCUGUAGAAGAAAGAGCUGUCCUUAGAUUCGCUAAACUUUCUGAGCAUGCAACAACUCCUACCAGAGGUUCAUCUAAAGCAGCAGGUUAUGAUCUCUACAGUGCAUAUGACUACUCUAUUGGCCCCAUGGACAAGGCCAUUGUGAAGACAGACAUUCAAAUAGCAGUUCCAAGUGGCUACUAUGGAAGAGUGGCCCCAAGAUCUGGACUGGCAGCUAAACACUUCAUUGAUGUUGGUGCUGGCGUUGUAGAUGAGGACUACAGGGGAAACGUUGGUGUUGUGCUCUUUAAUUUCAACAAAGAAACAUUUGAAGUUAAAAAGGGCGACAGAGUUGCCCAGCUGGUGUGUGAAAAGAUCUGUUACCCGGACCUGGUGCAACAGGAGACACUGGAUGAAACGGAGCGUGGUGCUGGAGGAUUUGGGUCAACUGGUCGCAACUGAAAGCUCCAGAUAGUGUUGCAGAAGAAAAAUGUUUUAUGUUUUAAGAUGUUUGGAAUGUUUCUAAUAAAGUUUAAAAGUCUUUUCUA